AUGGCAAAAUCUCUUCCCCUGCAUUGUGUAGUCGAGUCUGUGCAUUCGCUGCAAGCUUCUUUGAAUAUAGACAAUCGUAGUCCUUGGAAAAGGAGGCCGAAUGUAGAAACGGAUAGUUAUGUGAUUAUAGCUGCAGCCACACCAUGGUCGGAAAUUGUACAAACAGCUUUACAAAGAUUGGGUUAUUCGCAGGAGACUGCAGCCACAGCUAGAGGUUCCUUGAUUAUUAAAAAUUGGAAACCUAUAACGUUAGAGCAAAUAUCGGAUAAUCCUAUGGUGCCCGUGUGUGAUAUAAUUGGUGAAUUGACCUCUGUGGUGACGCUGCGCAUCGUAAUAUUGCGAUGUAAGCCUUCACCGUUCGGCGAAAUUAAAGAUAAACUUUUAAAGCUAUUGGUAUUGCAAUCGCAUGCUCUACUACGCUCAACCGGUUGCCCACUGGAUGAGGUGACGUUAUCGCAAAUAUGUCGCAGUUCUUAUCAAAGCCCAUUUGCCUUUCCGGGGGGUGAUAUACCCGAAGAAAUACGUCGCAAAUUUGACCAAUGGUGGUCAAAUCAAUUGUCACCUCAAAGUUCGAUGACACCGAAGCUGUUGCCCUUUAUGACUGGGCCACCAAAUACUGUGACCAGUGAUCCCAUAGAUCACAGUAUGGGUACAGCAGCUUUAGCAGCUGCCGCUGCCGCUGCUGCUGCGGCGCAAGCAGGUUUGCAUGCAGCAUCUUCGGUUGGCGGACCCAAUGUGCCGGUCGCCAUGGGUCCCGCGAUGAAUACAAAACGUGAGAGUCUUUUAAUGUCUGAUACAACGGGUCAUCAUCCUGCUGCUGUUGUGCAAGGUACAAGUGCUGCUGCCCAUCACGCCAACAUGAUUGUUCAUCCAGCCAUGCACGCCUCGAUGCAUCAUCAUCAUCAUCACUCGCAUCAUAGCAGUCUAACGCAUUCACCGUUUUCAAAUCAAAAGACACGUAUGCGCACAAGUUUUGAUCCCGAGAUGGAGUUGCCACGUUUACAGAAAUGGUUUCAAGAAAAUCCGCAUCCCUCACGUCAACAAAUCCAAAGCUAUGUAGUACAGUUGAAUGCUUUGGAAUCGAGAAGAGGUCGCAAGCCUUUAGAUGUAAACAAUGUGGUAUAUUGGUUUAAAAAUGCCAGGGCCGCACAAAAAAGAGCUGAAAUGCGUGGCGGAUUGGGGGUUAUGCACGCCGCCAUGAACGGUUACUUAAGUCAGCAUGGUCAAUUAGGCCAAACUUCGGGUGGCAGCAGUACGGGUAGCAUGAGUAGCCAACAGCAGUUGAUGUCCUCCGGCAUGGGUAACUUGUCGUUGGGUAACGAAUUUAUGAAAAGUCCUUUGAGUUUAAAAUCUGAGGAUAUUGAUACUAUGUCUCAGCACUCGGACGACUUGGAAGAGGAUAACAGUCGUCCAGGUUCUCCACAAUUGCCAUUAUCGUUAACAAUGCAUGAACGUCAUCAUGUUCGUACAGAUCAUGACCAAGACGAUAACCAUAAUGAAAAUUUGCAACAUGAAAAUUUAAAGGAGAGAAAUCAAGUGAUAGAACAAUACGGUAGCGAUACCAUUAAUCCAAGCGAGUGUGCCGAAGGAGCUAACUCCCAUGCGGAACACAAUGAAUUAUCUAGCAACAAAGAGAAACCAUUAGAAGACCAUCAAUCGUCCGCGGAAAAUGUUUACAGUGAGCGACAAAUUCUCAAAAGUGAAGCGGACACCGAAGGCAAUAAUAGCAAUAAUAGUAAUGCCAAUAACACUAGUAGUAACACUAAUCCCAUAAUUAAUUUGGACACGGAAAAUCAUCAUCAUCAACAAUUGUCGCCUCAAGCAAACAGUCCGAAGGAUGAAGACGAUGAGCUCGAUAUGGAUGAUGAUGAUGAUGAUAACGAUGUCAGUCAAUUAGAUGAUUUCCGUUCACCCUCUCCCUCACCGGAUUUAGCCAAUGCCAUGAUGGCUGGCGGACCACGCAAAGAUUUACCGUUUCCCAUGGUGCCAAACAGUAUGUUCUCUCAGUCGUUUAUGUAUAUGAGCCAUUACAUGCCCGGUUUCGGUCAAGCGGCUGCCGCCGCCGCACAUCCUCAUGCUGCAGCGGCACAUCAUGCAGCAGCAGCUGCAGCUGCCGCAGGUAUGCAACCUAACCCUUUAAUGGGUGCUGCUAGUGGCUUAAAUUUAUCAAGCAUAUCGAGUGAAGAACGCCGUAAACGUAAUCGUACGUUUAUUGAUCCUGUGACCGAAGUACCAAAACUAGAGCAAUGGUUUGCCAUGAACACCCAUCCAUCGCACAACCUGAUACUGAAAUAUACGGAAGAUUUGAACACAAUGCCCUAUAGACAAAAAUUUCCACGUUUAGAAAGUAAGAAUGUACAGUUCUGGUUUAAAAAUCGUCGUGCCAAAUGCAAACGUUUAAAAAUGUCUCUCUACGAUAACAGUCAGUGCUCUCAGAUGUCAACCUUGAAUCCAUUCGUACAUAAAUACGAAGAACGCGAUUAA